UUCAAGUGAACAGCUCGACACUCUCAGUGUGUUAACAUAAUCAAUUGUACUUGAAUCUAUAUCAGCAGGCUUUACUCGUAGACAUUACCAGAACACACCUUGAAUAUCGGUACAACAUGUCUUCAUCAUUCUUGAGUGGAAAAGUUUUUCUUCUCGUUACUGGUGCUAGUCAAGGAAUCGGAAGACAAAUAGCACAGUCAUUUGCUCCGUUAUUAGGUGAUGAUUCUUCAGUGUUACUGAUUGCCAGAAAUGCCGGAGGGUUACAAGAAACCGUCAAUAAGCUACCAAGAGGCUUAAGUGUUCAUACUGCAAGCAUUGAUCUGAGUACUGCUACAGCACAUAAGUUGAAAGAUGUAAUUAAUAAGGUCUUGGGUGCUGCAGGUGCAAUGCAGUUUGAAAAGGCUGUCGUUGUCCAUAAUGCAGCAUCUAUUGGCGACCUUACAAAAUCAACUGUAGCCAUGACUGACUUUAAAAUUUGGCAGGAAUACUAUGAUCUUAAUGUAUUUGCUCCAGCAGUUUUGAAUGGUGUCUUCAUGGAAAUAUUCAAUGAUUACACAAAAGUUGUUAGACUUGUAAUAAAUAUUUCAUCAUUCAAUGCUAUUCAACCUUACGAAUUUAUGGGAUAUUACUGUUCGGGAAAAGCUGCGCGGGAAAUGUUUUUCAAAGUGUUUGCUAUUGAAAAUCCGAAUGUGAAUGUACUCAACUAUUCACCAGGGCCCGUAGACACUGAUAUGUUACAUGCAGUACAUACGUACACAAGCGAAGUUAAGCAUGAGGAAACCAAAAAGUUUAUGAAAAACCGCCACGUGUUAACCACAGAGCAAACGGUUACUCGUCUGUUAGAAGUACUCAAAUUACAGAAAUACAAGUCUGGUAGCCACGUUGAUUAUUAUAAUAACUAAAAUACCCCAAACAGUUAAGGUGUAUAUGUAUAAUUACUUUAUUUGAAUUC